GGAGUUCUGAUGUGGUCUGAAGGGCUCCAGACCUGGACUCUGUUGCCACUUCCACUUACUGCCACUUUCUGCACCUUUUCUUGGAUUAGUUGUUGACAGAUUUCAGCCUUCCUGCCGCUGUCCUCCUCUCUCCUCCUCUCCCAGCUCCACUCCUCCUCUGCGCCUUUUCUUUGUGCUCAGCGAGGCGCAGUCAAUCCUAUUGUGAUGCUAAACGGAUUUUCGGAGGAGAGACGGGCAGAGAGGGGAGAGUUUGGGGCUCCGCGGAUCGGACAUGCGCUGACCUGCCGUGAUUCUGCGGGGUUUGGACAGCUUUACGCCUGAGGAAAGUUCUCUGCUCCUGCGGGACAGCCGCGGCGCACUUUGCGGGAGUAGUUGGAGUGUCCGGCGGGGAUCGAGCGCUGCAGGAAUGCACUUUGUAGGAACGCAGCUCGGUGUCCUGCUGCCCCCCCGUUCCUCCUACAGGAGUCUUCAAUGAAAGAGGAUCCGCCGCUCGCUGCUCUCCGGUUCCGCCACUCCUCUCCGCGGAGCGCAGGGAGCGCGCGCGCCGCUGCAGCCCGGCCAUGGCGGGCGGAGGGGGUGAGGGGAGCGGCUGGGUGCUGGUGGAGGCCCUGCUGCAGGGCGGAGCGCCGUGGGGCUUCACCCUGCAGGGCGGCCUGGAGCACGGGGAGCCGCUGAUCAUCUCCAAGGUGGAGGAGGGCGGUAAGGCCGACAGCCUGGAGCGGCCUCUGCAUGUUGGGGACGAGCUUGUCAUCAUUAACGACGUAGAGCUGAGUGGAUUCAGGCAGGAGGCCAUCGCUCUGGUCAAAGGAUCCUACAAGACUCUGAAGAUCACCAUCCGCAGGGAGUUUGAUCCUGGAUACAUUGAAGAGUUUGUUACUCCAUCUGCUCUUCCUCUUCCCUCAUCAUCAUCACCACAGCACACAGCAGCGUCGGUGUCCAGUCGCAGCCGGCCGUGCUCAGCAGUCCAGCUGCGCAUCAAGAGCAGACGCAGUGAGCCGGCUUCCCGCCCUCAUUCAUGGCACUCGGCAAAGCUCAGCGAGUGUCAGCAGGAGAUGGAGCACAGAGCCAUGGACACCAUGAGCGGCGCCUGGCCCCAGAGCUACCACGCCAGUGCCUCUACCACAGAUCUUUCUGGAGGGUUUGACUCUGGUGAAGGAUACCUUAGAAAAAGCCCAGACCAGUACAGCUCCAGGGGCAGCAUGGAGAGCCUGGACCCGCCCCAGUCCUCCCAGUUUCACUCGGUGGCCCAGCGCCAGCACCCACUGGAGCUGCACGGCCACUCUGCCUCCCACCCGGCGUACUCCUCCUGCCAGCAGCUGUCUUCUGCCAGGUCCUCGAGCAGCAUUGAUCAUCUGCACAGUAAGAGGGACUCGGCGUACUCGUCCUUCUCCACCAGCUCCAGCAUCCCAGAGUACCUGGCCUCCACUCCCUCCUUCAGCCCAGAGCGCUGCUAUUCUUUAGAAACCGUCCCUCAGAGAGGAGGAGGGAGUGCAGAGAUGCUGCAGACUGAGGCGCGCGGUGUCCGGUCAGGGUAUGACGGCCAGCAGGGCCUCUGUAAGGAGAACGAGCUGUGCUCUGGCUCCGCCUCCACGCUGGGCAGCAGCAGCUCCAGAGCUGGGCUGAAGUCCGGGCUCGGAAGGGAAGCUGGAGUCUGUUACCGUGGCAACAGUAGUAGCACCAGUGGUAACAACAGCGGUGGCAUCCCAGCCUCUAACAGACACAGUGUGGGGCCAAUAUGGGGGCCGACAGUCAACCACAGUUCCUAUGAGAGCCUGAAGGGGGCGCCUGCUCCACCCAGACGCAGCGACAGCUUCGCCGCCAUCAGGAACCACGAGAGACCGAACUCCUGGUCCAGUCUGGAGAACGCCCGGUCACUGCGGUCUCUGCAGAAAGGUUCCUGGCAUCACUCCAGCGGGCCUGUGGCUCCUGUCUCAGCCAAAGGUUCUUAUGGGAUGGAGGGCCAGCUCCACACCGUCAUAGAGAAGAGCCCGGAGAGCAGCCCCACCACAAAGCCACGGCAAGGGGGGGGAUUUCUGCAGCCCCCCUCCCCCACCAGACCCUCUGCAAGUCCCACCCCACCGUCCGCUCGGACCGUCCUUCCCACAAGCGUGCUCCCAGCUGCCCAGCUGGAGCCGCACUACGCUCAGAUGCCGGGCUCAGGUCUCUGUGGGGUCUAUUCUGGGUCGACCAGCCGACAGCAGUUCCAAGAGUUCCAGAGCGCCGGUGCCGCCGAUGAAAGACCCACAGAAACAUGGAGCAAUGAACGGAUGUCCGCAGACAACGGCCACGCUCCUGUAGCACAUCCCCAUCCUCCUCACCCUCCAUCUGCCUCUGCGCAGCUCAGGACGCAGCCGCUGGAGGCGAACCGGCACCAACAGCUGGACUCUAACUCUGGAUCCUGCAGACCAAACAGAAACAGCUCUGGACCAGAACCUCAAAGCCUGAACGGGCUCCAGGUUGUGGACAGUUGGGGGCCUCACAGUCAGAGCUCUACAGAGGGACUUCAGCAAGAACAAAACCCGGAUGUCAGUAUUACCCAGGUCCUCUCUGACCACUUCACACUGGAGAACAAGAACCACCACGUCCUGGGUUAUUCCUGGGGAGACCAGAACAGACCAGUGGAGCAGAGCAGCACCCAACCUGAUCCCGUGUCCUCUCCCAGGCUUGCCCAGGGUCAGGUACCUCCUUCCCAGGUGUCUAAGCAGCCGCAGCCUUUGGCUGCACCCCCCUCCUCCUCCUUGCAGCCUCCUUCUCGCCACUUCAGCGACUCUGCAGCUCCUCAGUAUCAUCACUGGGACCACCCAGAGCUGGACAGGGACAGUGAGCAUCCACUGACCCGUUUGGAAAUCGCGCUCGCAGAGGUCCAGAGAUGCGCCAGCCCCGACGGUCCUUUCUCUGGCAGUAACCAUGACAACAGCAUCUCUAGUGAUGACAUGCAAGGACCGGCGCACAGUCUGUCUGUUUUGGAAAAAGUUAGCCGGUUUGAGCGGCGGGAAUGUGGCGGAAGACAACGCAGAGUGAUUGGUGAUUGUCCUGUCGUUUUUAUUUUGACUCAGACCCCAGAGAAAGGCCGCAGCAGCCCCUGUGGAGCAGACGACAUCAGGACUAUGCUGGAGAGAAGCACCAAAGGCACCAAAGCCCACCGGACCAUGAGCUACAGAGGAGGCAGCAGUGACUACAUGAAAUCCAGGACCCCAGCAGAUCCCAUGUCAGCCCUGCAGAGAAGUCGCAGCAGCUUCCAGCUGGAUGCCUCCAUGGAAACAGAGACCAACAGGGAUUUCCCGUGGAGGCAGGACAUCCAAGAGACAAAGGAUGCUUCUUCUAACAGAUCUUCCAGGGAUGUCUUGAAAGAUGCUCACACUGCCGUCCUUUGGAACACUUCCAUGAAGCAGAGGAACCUCAGCUCCAGCCUCUAUCCUUCCGCUGCUCCCCCCUCCGUCUCCUCUUCCAGCAGCCAGCCUGCAUCCGUCCCUGCCAAGUAUCCCUCUUUGGAGAAAAGAGGCCCCAAAACCAUGCCCAAACCUCAGGGUGUGGUCAUCACUCCACAGUCGCCUCCCCCGCUCACUUCCCCUCACACUCCAAAGGAAAGACACGUGGUGAAUCCAGACGUCCGAGGUCCCAGUCCACCAGCCCUGCCCAGGGUCCCGCCGGUCGGGCCUCCUGCUUUACUGAGGAUCUGUGGCCGCAAGCGCCUGACUGCAGACCAGAAGAAGCGUUCCUUCUCGGAGCCGGAGAACAUGAACGAGGUUGGAGUUUCAGACUCGGAGACUGCUGGCCUCUUCAGACGAGGAGGAGAUUCCUGGCUGCCAGAGACCAGUGUGGCAGACCGGAGGAAGAUGUUUGAACUGGCAGCACGUCCCGGCGGAAGCAAGAGUUUUCAGAGCGCGCCGUCCAGGACCGACCUGCGGCAAGUUCAGCAGGAUGCUCUGGCAGAGUACGUGGAGAGAAAAAGAGGAGCAAGGAGAGGCGCCGAAAGACAGCGGAGCGGGCCGAGGCCUCACAGUGUUUACUUACAGCCGGACUACAGCGGCCACACAGACACCGUCAGCCUCUCCUCCGCCUCCAGCUUGCUGUCCUUGCAGGAUCCUGGUCCAGAUCCAAACUUCCCAUCUGGUGAGAGGGGUCUCUGCUCCUCUCUUCCUCCUGGAGCGGACCUGCGUGGCUUCCAGUCCAACUUCUUCUAUCCAGGCAGAGUGACUUCACCAAGGCCUCCAGCACAACCACCCACGAGUGCUUCAUCAGACUCAACUCUGGAUCUGAGUUCUGAAGGAGGUGUCAGUGGACCGAGUCAUUUUCAAAGCAGAGACCCAACCCACGGCCGGCACAGGCAGACUGCUGAGCCCCAGUCCGGCCUGGAACAUUCCCGGCAGCUGAACGGAGCUCUAGAGCGAGCAGGACCUUCUCGCAGGCCCGGGAAGUCGGCCUCUGCUGAGGAUCUGCUGGAGCGCCUGGAGAACAAGCACAGCGCUCCUCAGCACCAUCGCUCGCGGUCCUCCCCGGCCACUGAAACACUGACCCAGAGUUUCCCUCAGGAGGGGGUCAGGAUGUUUGGGGUGUCCUUCUCUGAGUCUGGACGCUGCCCCCUGGCUGCAGACAGACCUGCUGACAUCUUUGCACCAGAGCAGCUCCCCUCUCGACAAACCGCUCGGUCCUCUGAGAACCUCCUCCAGCCUGUGGGGCCUUCUCAAGACGCCUCGCACGCCCCCGCCACCCGCAGGGAGCCACCCAGAAACACGGAGCGCCCGCGAGCUCAGAGCGCCUCCAUGUUGGCGGCCUCCGUUGGCCUGCCCUGCCCCUUCUCUCCAGCAGGGGUGCAGGACACAGGCGGUCCUGAGUGGAGAGCCAGCGAGAGGCUGAACCGGGCCAAUCUGGAAGCCAUCUCUUUCCCAGAUAUCCCACAAAGCAGCAGGAGCGUGGGCUCCAGCAGUGAAGCUCUGCAGGCUGAGAGGCAGACGCGACACAGUUUGAGUGAUGCUGUCGUUUUAGAAGAAACCACCAAGGACGUCUACAGAAGCAGAGCCUUCAGUCUGGACACGAGGGGGACACACCCGGCCCAGGACCCCAGACAAGCUUUGCCACAUUCCCAGAUUUUCACAGACAGGAAUCCCAGCAGGAGCACAGCAUCUCCUCCUCCCUGCUCCCCUCACCGACACCUGUCCUCUCUGAGGAUCUCUGAGUCCAGCCUCUGCAGCCCCGUCAGCCAGCAGCCGCUGGAAACCUCCUCAGGCUCUUUGAAAGCAGACCUGGAUGAGGUCUUCCUGCAGAACCCUCCUCCUCCCCCUCCUCCUUCACCACCUCCUUUUCAGGACAUUAGUAUCUUAGAGGACUUCCCUCCACCUCCACCUCUUCUUGAGUUCAAGCAGGAAGUGGAGCAGCCUUCACAGGAAAGCACCCCCCCUCAGUCUCCCCCCGUCAGCAUGCUCCCCUCAUCAAAACCUCCUCCACCCUUCAUCCCGGUGGAAGAGGAGCUCAGUUUCCGCUAUGAGCCGGUGCCCAGGAGGGAGGAGACACGCGAGGAGCUGCGAGCCCAGGCUCUGGCCCGCCAGCUGGUCCUGCAGGAGCCCUCUCUUGCCCCGCUCCUGGAGCCCUGGAGGGGUAAAUGUACUGUGGAGCUAAUGGAGGAGAUCUUUCCAACUGAAGAACCACAGCGGCCGAGCAGGCCCACUUCCUGUGUGGAUGACGGGAUCCAUGAGCGUCUCUGCAGUCAGGUGACCGAGAAAGAUCCCGACAGGGAGACCGAUCUGGAUGAGGAGGAGCGAGACCGCAACUCUCUAAAGGUGGAGCUCUGUGAAGCCCUUGGAAACAGUGUUGUGGCUCUGCAGCAGGAGAAGGAGUCCCUGUGUGAGGAGCAGAGGAGCCACAAGGCCCUGGGAGCCAGCAUCGAGGAGCUGGUGCAGCAACGCCUCAAAACCAACGAGAAGGACAAGUACAGCAUGUUCAUUGGUGAUUUGGAGAGGAUUGUGAACCUGCUGCUGUCCCUGUGCAGCCGGCUGUCCAGGAUCGACAGAUCUCUGCUGGCGCUUGAGAGGGACGAGCUGAUGAUGGAGGACGUAGUCAGGGAGAGGGAGUCUCUUCAUCACAAGCGCUCUCUGCUCCUCCGUCAAACUGAAGAUGCCCGGGAACUGAAGGAGAACCUGGACCGGCGGCAGCGAGUGGUUCACGCCAUUCUUUCCGGCUACCUCACCGAAGCUCAGUUGCAGGACUACCGCCGCUUUGUCAGCACCAAACCUUCCCUCCUGAUCCGCCUGCGGCACCUGGAUGAACUCAUACGCCUCAGGGAGCAGCAGCUGGCGCAUCUGAACGAGAGCUUGCCCGCAGAUCUGCCGCCGGCUCACGCCUGGUCCACGGACCGCUUCCUCCCAAGUCCUGCACCGGGCUCUUCUCUGGCCCCGCCUCCGACCUUUGCAGGCCCCGCCCAUUCCCUCAGGUCCACCGCUGUGACGUCGCUGUAGAGCCUGACGCUGGUUCUGCUCACACUGAAAUGACUAUGCAGACUUUAGAAGAGAAGACCUGAUGUGCCUCCUUCUGUUCACGCCCAACUGUACGUUAGACCCAUGUUUACCUCAGCACCAGAACCCAGCCGUCUGUGGACUCAACCACCUGCUCCCAAUCACUACUCUGCUCCAGAUUCUCUCAGUAGAGAAGCUUUAAAGCCUCACUUCAAUCCUACGGUCAACAUCAAGAAUAUUUUUAAACAGAAUUUUCUUUCAGAUUUAUUUGAAAAUGCUACACAGCCUCUGGUAUUUGUCCUUUAGUGAUGCUGGUGGUGCGUGCAAUGACCUCCAGCUAGACUUCAGUUUGUUCUAGCUGUAUCUGGGGGGGGUCUUCCAAAGAAAGAGAAAAGUCAUCAUGCUGUCACUCCAGAACUUACAGGGUUAAUCUCACACCAAAAGAGAAGGAACUACAGCAGACGUACAGACAGAGAAUCAUGAAGGAGAUCUGAAACUGUAUCAGCACCACAGCCACGCUGCCGCAUGCCUGCAGCUUCCAGCACUUUGUAGUAGACUGACUACUGCUUGCUGUCAAUCUCAAACCAGGACAUGCUGAAGCUCCGACUUUUAUGAUCACGUCAGAUCCCGUUAAUGUUCAGUGGAUGACAUUUUUGCAGAUGAUUGGUUUUUAUCUUGUAAAGGUUCACCAUUUGUGUAGUUUUUUUAUUUUACAUAUUGCAAGCCCCACAGUCGCACCAAUUAUCACAGUUAUUACACUUAAUCUGCUUUUCUUUGGUCUUUUAUGGAAUAUUUUAUCACAUAUGAUUAAACUGUAAUGAUCUUUAUAGGGAGAAAACCCCCAAAUAUGUUUAACAGAUGCAUUUACCUGAGUUCCUGAGAACUGUGCAGCCUCCUGGAAAACAUUUCAGACUCUGACAUGAAAUGCAGUUGUUCUAUUGGCAAAUAAAGUGACCAGACUGUUAAGAUUUUCCUCAAACUCCCUUCUGACACCAGCUGGUAGAGAGGUGUCUGUCUGUCAGAGGACUACAGUGCCUUAUUCAAUCCCAUUCCAAGGUUUUGGUCAAUAAAAGCACUUUGUCGGCUCUCUCUA